AUGGCCACCAGCCUCGAGGACGUCUGUACAGCGGCAUACGCCCGGUCGAAACUCCCAGCCUCCAAUUUCCUCCAAGGCAUCACGCUCGACCCGUCCUCGGUCACCACCAACAUCGUCUACAACGCCUCCACGCCCGCGAAUGGCUACUUCUUCCCGGCAGCCACCUUCUCAUACUGCAACGUCACCCUGGCAUACUCGCACAACGGCCGAGACGACCGCGUUCUCGUCCAGUACUGGCUCCCGGAGCCAUCCCAGUUCCAGAACCGGUACCUCUCCACCGGCGGCGGCGGCUACGCCAUCAAUAAAGGAGGGCAGUUGCUUCCUGGCGGCGUCAUGUAUGGCGCGGUGGCCGGCAUCACGGACGGCGGGUUCGGGGGGUUUUCCGUGCAGUCAGACGCAGUCAUGCUGCUCGCGAACGGCACGCUGAACUACGACACGCUGUACAUGCUCGCAUACCGGGCGCACCGAGAGCUCGGGCAGAUCGGGAAGCAGUUCACGCGAAAUUUCUUCAAUAUGGCCGACACCACUAAGCUGUACAGCUACUACCAGGGGUGCUCGGAGGGCGGCCGCGAGGGCUGGAGCCAGGUGCAGCGGUAUGCGGACCAGUUCGAUGGCGUGGCGGUGGGGGCGCCCGCGUUCCGGUGGUCGUUCCAGCAGGUCCAGCUGCUGUAUGCCACCGUCGCCAUGCAGACGCUGGGCUAUGCGCCGCCGCCGUGUGAGAUGCAGAAGAUCCUGAACGAGACCAUCGCGGCGUGCGACGCGCUGGACGGGCUGGCCGACGGGGUCGUCGCCCGUACGGAUCUGUGUCGGUUGCAUUUCGACUUUGCCUCUGUCGUCGGCAAGCCGUACCACUGCGCUGCGUCUGCUGCCACGCCAGAGCAGAAGGGCACGGUGGCCGCCGAGGCGGUGGACGUGGCGAGGAAGGUGGUUGACGGCUUACAUGAUUCGCAGGGGCGCCGCGUGUACCUCCCGUAUCAGAUUGCGGCGUCCUUCGACACCGUGUUGACGCAGUACAACAACUCCACGGGCAAGUGGGAGCCCGCGGUGUACUCGCUGGGCGCCAAGUACCUCGCGCUGCUGGUCGACAAGACCGGCACCGCCCCGACGAAUCUGGACGGCGUGACAUAUGACACGCUCAAGUCGUGGAUGAUUAGCGGCAUGCAGGAGUACGGGUCGACACUGCAGACGGACUGGCCGGAUCUGACGCUAUUCCACGAAGCCGGUGGCAAGGUCCUUCAUUUCCACGGGGAAGAAGACCCGGGGAUCCCGGCCGGGUCGUCGGUGCGGUACUGGGAGGCUGUGCGAAGCACCAUGUAUCCCCACCUGUCGUAUCAGGAUGGCGCGAAGGCACUCAAGGAUUGGUACCGGCUUUAUCUCGUUCCCGGGGCUGGUCACUGCGCUACGAACUCGUACAUGCCGAAUGGGCCUUUUCCGCAGACGAACUUGCAGGUUCUGAUCAACUGGGUCGAGAAGGGGGAGAAGCCGGUGACACUCAAUGCGACGGUCCUCCAGGGAGAGCAUGUUGGAGAGAACCGUCAGAUCUGCGCCUGGCCCCUUCGACCGAAGUGGAAGGGAGGUGUGAUGCAGUGUGAAUAUGACCAGAAGUCCAUCGAUACCUGGCAUUACGAGUUUAAUGGUGUUCCGAUGCCUGUUUACUGA